AUGGAGAAGCUACUCAAAUGGUCGAUAUCAGCAAACUCUCAGGAUGAGGAAUCCAAGAAAAGAGCUGGGCAGCCAGACCCAGAACUGCUGGCUCAGUUGUUUGGAGGCCCCGACGAACCCACAUUGAUGAACGAAUCCAUGAAGGUGAUUAACAACCCCGAAACAGAUUUAGAAAACAAAGAGGUUGCCUUUGACAAUUUUGAAAUGCUCAUUGAAAAUAUGGACAAUGCUAAUAACAUUGAAAAUAUGCAUCUUUGGCCUCCUUUGCUUCAAAACCUCGAUAGCGAGUAUAUCUCUCUAAGGAGAUUCGCCUGUUCUUGUAUAGGCACUGCAGUUCAGAACAACCCCAAAUGUCAGGAACAUUUUCUGAAGCACUCUGAUGGUAUAAAGAAGUUGAUUGCAAUCUCUUCUAAUUCGGAGGAGGAUGAUUCGGUCAAACUAAAGGCCCUUUAUGCAUUGAGCAAUGUUCUAAGGCAUAAUAAACCAGCUUACGAAGAGUUCAGCAACCAAGGUGGUUGGAAUGAGAUAAGCCCGCUGUUGACAUCUUUGGAUAACUCUAAUGAGAAAAUAAAGCUUAGAACGCUGUCUUUGCUUUCCUCCAUCAUUACCAAUGGACUAUCAGAAGAAGUUAUCGAACAUUUGCACAACAACAAGGUGGUUAUUAGUAUGCUCAAGGUUUUGAAAGCAGAAGGGCACAUUACCUCUAUAGACAAAGUUUUGAGUCUUCUGACCACUCUAGUGCAGAAUAAGUUCAGAUUUUCAGAUGAAGAGAUUAACUUGAUUCGCCAAUCGUUGACAACUAUAGCAGAACUAGAGGACAGUCUGAACAACGAUGAUUUGAAUACCAUAAAGCAAGUACUUUAA